AUGUCAAAUAUUUUUUUUAACUACAAUUUUUUAUAUAUUAUCAAAAAAACAUUAAACUAUAUAUACAAUGGUAGUUUAGUUUCAUUGGGUGAUAGAAAUUUAAAAUCAAAACAUAAUGAAGUCAUGAAUCUUUGCUUAGUUAAUAAAUAUUGGUUUAAAGCUGUACAGUACGUUUUAAAAAAGUUAUUAACCUUUUCAAAUAAACCCUUUUUAUCCAGUUUUAUUUUAAAAUAUCCCAAUAAUUUCAUUAAUAAUAACAAUAAUAAUAAUAAUAAUUAUUAUGGGAAAUUAAUAGAAAAUAUUUCAAUUUUACCAACAAAUAUUGAAGACAUCAAUACCCAUUCAAAAAAUUACGAUAUGGUUAGAGUAAAAAUCAAUUUAAAUAAAAUUUCAGAUAGUCAAAACCAGACCGCUAUUAAACAAUUGAAAUCAAAAUUAAUUGAAUUCCUACCAAAUUACGAAUUUCAUUUAAUUAUUGGCAAUAACUCAACAAACAUUGAUUUUACAAAUGACCAUAACAACAAUAUUAGUCUGCAUGUAAUGGGACACUCUCAACCAUUAGAAGAUAUAAUUAAAUUAAAGCCAAGAAAAAUAUUUUAUCAACCAAAUGACCACAUAAAUCAUUUUAGUCAGAUUGUCCACAUAAAUUGCAAAAGUUUUUUCAAGUUAGAUUCUUUAGAAGAUCUCAGGAUUUCUGAUAAAGACUGGGUCAAUCCUUAUGAUAUUUCAAAAAUCAAUAACGAAACAACAAAGUUAAAAGUGGUUUCAGUUAACUUAUUAUUUCACACAAUUAUCAAGGGAUUAUGGAGAGUCAAAGAAAACAAUGAGAUUUCAACAAAAUUCUUUUCAAAUGCAUGCUGCAGUGACUAUAACAGUUUAGGAUUGGGUUUAGAAGUUAAAAAUUCAAUUUUAGAAGAUUGGGCUAAAAUGGUGGAAACCUUGAAAAAUAACUCCACUAUCAAGGAAUUAAAGCUUUACAAUUUCAAAUGUAUAUAUAACUGUAUUGAAAAAAUAGAUACAUCAAUUGUAACAUUAGAUCUAGAGGAAAUAUUCAAAAGUCCAGUAUCCAAAAUUGAAACCUUAACAUUAAAAAAUUUUGAUUUCUUAGACGCUUCUAUACUCACCGGAAUAGCCAAAAGUAAAUCAAUAAAGAACUUGACAAUUGAUUUACUUGAGGUUGUUAAAUGUCCUGAAGUAUGUGAGAAAAAAGCUUCCUUAAUAUUUGAACACUUACUUCUUCAAGAAACCAAAAAUUUAAAAAACAUUAAAAUUUUAAUUAAGGGUGUCCCAAUUGCUUUAUCAUCUGAUUGGUUAUAUAAUUAUAAUGAGAACCUAACUCUAUUAAAUUUAGGUGGAAAGUAUCCUAGCUCAAUCUUUAUUUUACAACUAUUAACGAAGAUAGGUAAAAUUGAUAGGUCAGAUGGCCAAUAA